AUGCGUUUAGUUGGUUUAAUAUGUUUAUUUAGUUUAUUUAAUAUAAAUAAAUGUGAUGAUAUUGAUAAAUAUGGUCGACUUCGUAAUAAAUGUCAACGAACACCAUCAAGUCGAGAUUGUUUAGAAUUAAAAUCAAAAUUUAUUGAUUUAAUUAAAAAAUGUGAAAAUAAAACAAGAGAAGAAGAAAUAACUAUUUGUCAACAAAUAAAAAUAAAAUUCUGUGCUGUUUUUCCAUCAAAUUGUCUUCAAUCAUCAACAAUAAAACAAAUAUCUAUUAAAACAACAAAAUCAAAAUUAAUUAAAACAACAAAAUCAAAGUUAAUUAAAACAACAAAAUCAUCAACAAUUAAAUCAAAUAUAUCUGAAAAUUCUUCAUUAACAAAUGAAGAAUUUUCUAAAGUUCCAUUUAAUCCUGAUGAAUUACGUGAACGUGGUGAAUAUUGUAUUCGUAAUGGAAAAGAAAAAAAAUGUCAAGAUUUAUUAAAUAAUCUUAAAAAAACAUAUUCAUCAUGUGUUAAAAACAAAUCUCAAACAACAAGUACAACAACAUCACUUCAAUCUCAACAAAUUGAUUGUCAUUCAUUUCAAUCACAUUUAUGUAAAGCUUUUCCAAAAUUUCCACCAUGUAUUAAAAAAAAAUCAAAUUAA